UGUGUUUCUAACAUUAACCUGACCCGUUCCAGAUCCAUUAUAUUAUAUUUCCACUUAAUCUCUGUAAAAUAUCUCAGGCAUAAUUUAAUAUUAUGUAUAAAGUAAAAUGUAUGAUGAUCGCAGCGAGGAAACGCCUACACAUUGUAGCUCUUCCGAGAAAGUAAGCGAAGAUGACGGCUAUUCUCCCUUAAGUGGAGACGAAACGCCCAAAUAUCAAAGUGAAAUAGAAUGUUUCUCUAAGGAGAAUAUAGAUUCUUUGGUUAGAGUCUCUGAAGUGCCGGGCAAAGGAAGAUGUUUAUUUGUUCGGAAGAAUUUUGAACCUGGAACACUAAUAUUCGCAGAAUCGCCACUUUUUAUGGUUGGCCCAUUAUCAAAUCAAGACCUUUGGUUCCAACUAAAUGAACUGAACGAAGAAUCUCCAUUUGUGAUACCCCCUUUGUGGCACAAGGCUGCUUUAUACAGUAUUCUGGAAGGGAAUGAAGAGUCAAAUCAUAUUAUGGCGAAUAAGUGGGUUGAAAACCGAAACCAGGAGGUAACUCUAGAUGUAUUAAGAGUUUUAAAUUCAAUAUGUACAUUAAAAGAUGGAGAGUUCGUCUAUGAUGGAGUUGUAAUUAAACCUGAAGUGUACCAACUGUACCUACAAGUAUGGCCACUCAACGCCUUUGGAAGGACUUCAGAACCAGAUGGGCUUGUAAUAUAUGACAAAAUCUCCUACCUCGCCCACAGCUGCGACCCAUCGUGUUGUUGGCAUCACACCGAAAAUGACGAGUUUGUUUUAAGAGCCAGGAAGAAACUAGUACCUGGAGACGAAAUAACGAUAUCAUAUUUGGGCGAAAAUGACCUUUUGUCCCCUACAUAUAGGAGAAGGACCAUGCUUCAAAAUUGGCACUUUUUUUGUACAUGUGAUAGGUGUUCUAUACCAAUUGACAACUGCAGAGGAUUCUUGUGUAAAUUAUGCCACUACGGAUCGAUUUUUUUAAACUACGAUUCAUUUUUCUCAAAAUUUGUUAGCACACAGUGUGAAAUGUGUGGGUAUAAAUUUACGGAGUCCGAAACAAACGAAUACAUAGAAUUGGAGAGAGCGUAUGUUUAUAGAAUUGAUGGAAUAGAAAAAAGUAAUCUUAUGGACAUACUACAAGUCUACGAUCACGCAAAAAAUGUGUUCAGCCAGCACUGGGCUCUGUAUCAAUUACAGACCCUGCUGUAUGACAUUUAUAAGGAAAAGGAGAAUUUUGAGCAGGCUAAGAUAUAUCUUAUGCUUAGGAUUCAUUAUGUGGAUAAGGUGAUCUCGGGACCACUAUACUGUGUAGCAUUUAUGCAUGAAGAGAUGGCUGAUAUCCUAACAUAUACUUGUAAUUUGGACCUAAGUGUUUCAAAAUUAGGAAACCCAAACUCAGAUAUAGGCACAUUAAAUAUGAUCAUGGGAUACUACUUCAACGCUGCCGCAUUAUUGUCCAUCUUGUGCGGAUAUAAACACUCUUAUUACCACUCGGUCUUAUCAAAAAGGUAUAAAAUAGAGGAAUUGGCGGUUUCACUCAUGAAACUUCCUCAAAAUGUAGAAUCACCUGAAGAAGUCUAA